UCCAGCAGCAAAGCAUAGAGCUUCUCUCAGAGGUUCUUUGAUUAAAAUUAACGAUGGGAGCAGGUGGGCGAAUGAGUGAUGCUAGGAAUGAAAAAGACGUCCUCAGACAUGUUCCUGUGGAGAAACCUUCAUUUGGGAUUGGUGAUUUGAAGAAGGCAAUACCACCACACUGUUUCAAACGAUCUCUUACCACCUCUUUCUACUACCUUUUCCGUGAUUUGGGUCUCAUCUACACUUUCUACUAUAUUGCAACAAAUUACAUUACCCUUCUCCCUCAACCCUACUCAUUUGUAGCAUGGCCACUUUAUUGGAUCGCCCAAGGUAGUAUUCUCAUGGGUUUAUGGAAUAUCGUCCAUGAUUGUGGUCAUCACUGCUUUAGUGAUUACCAGUGGCUUGAUGACACCAUUGGCUUCAUCUGCCACUCCCUUCUCCUCACUCCAUACUUCUCUUUCAAAUACAGUCACCGUACUCACCAUGCUAACACUAGUUCUCUGGAAAAGGAUGAAGUAUGGGUCCCAAAACGCAAGCAGGAUACAUGGUUUUAUGAAGUUCUCAGUAACCCAGUGGGCAACCUUAUCAUGCUCUCAUUUAGAUUACUUUUUGGCUUUCCCUUGUACUUCAUGUUCAAUCUUCAUGGAAGGAUAUACAAAGGUUUCCCAAGCCACUUUAACCCACUAGGCCCUAUCUUCAACGACCGAGAGCGUGCUCAAAUUUGGCUCUCUGAUGCUGGUGUUCUUACUGUUGUAUAUGCACUCUACCGCAUUGGGGCAAAAGAAGGUCUCAAAUGGGUGUUCUACAUCUAUGGAUAUCCCUUGGUAGCUAUGAGUGCUUUCUUCAUCAUGUUCACAUAUCUACACCACACUCAUCCUUCCAUCGCUCACUAUGAUUCAUCAGAAUGGGAUUGGCUGAGAGGUGCUUUAUCGACAGUUGAUAGGGAUUACGGGAUAUUGAACAAUCUCUUCCAUGACGUGACAAGUGCUCACGUCGUGCACCAUUUAUUCUCGAGCAUUCCACAUUAUCAUACAGUAGAGGCGACGCAGUAUAUCAAGCCAAUCUUGGGUGACUACUACAACUAUGAUUAUACUCCUAUUCUCAAGGCAAUCUGGAGAGACACAAAAGAAUGCCUCUAUAUUGAAGAGGAUCCAGAGAAAAAAGGUGUAUAUUGGUUCCGCAAGUAGGUGUCACAAUUGUUUCAUUAAAUAUCGAAUUGAUGAUUAAUUUCCAUGAGCCAAAAGAUUUACAAUCUACUGCCCUUGUAAUUUGUUUUCUUCCUUCUCCAAUGAAUAUUUGCAGGUUUUGUGAUGUAAGAAUUUUAAUGUUUA